UGGAAAUAAAGUGUUCUUAGUGAAAGGACACACAACGAGCAGGAUGAUGUCGGACUCGGUGUGGCCGCUGUUGGCCUUCUGUCUGGUGUUUACCCCUGGGUGUGUCCGAGGCUGUUCUAUCCAGGAGUUUGCCUGCAAUCAGGGGUUGUGUGUGUCUGAGGAUUGUGUGUGUGACUUCACGGACAACUGUGGAAAUGGCAGCGAUGAGAAAAACUGUUCCACAUAUAAGAGGUGUAACUUUGAGCACGGGUUCUGUGACCUGAUUCAAAGCUCAGAGACAUUUUCUGAAUGGACGAGAACAACUGAAGCCGCCGGACUCAAACACGACCACACCAACGCAUCAGCAUAUUUCCUGUCCUUGUCUCCUGAUGGAGGAAACAGAACCACAGCAGAUUUGAUCAGUGCUGUUUUCAUACCCACUCAGACUUGUCAGAUGAGUUUCUACUAUUAUGUCGGGGCCACACAUGGAGAUCUUCAGGUCCUGGUUCAGACUCAUCCUCUGGGUCAGAGCACAGUGACGUGGGAGCACUUAACACAACCGCAGAUGGGAACAUGGCUGCAGACAGUGAUUCAGUUCUCCAGUAAUUACAGUUUUCAGGUUGUUAUUCGUGGGGAACUUUCAGCUGACAGCGAAGCCUCCGAGGUCCUCGCCAUCGACGACUUAUCCUUCAGUCCCGGCUGCCUGACUGUGCCCGAGAGCAGUGUGGCCCCUCCGCCGGUUUGCCCUCCCUCAUGGUUUGACUGUGGUGGUGUGAAGUGCAUCAAGGCAAGCAAAGUGUGUGACUUCACCCCAGAUUGUCCCCACGGAGAGGAUGAAGCCAGCUGCCCCUCUGAGUGUGACUUUGAGGACGGGUCCUGCGGCUGGUAUGAGCUCACCCUCGGCGACGGCUUUGACUGGGUCAGGGGCUCCUCUGAGGAGGUGCCUCCCGAGUACCACGGCCACCCACCACCUCUGGACCACUCUACAAACAGCACCGAGGGCCACUUCAUGUUUGUAUUGAAGAACAGCAGCAGUCUGCCUCCAAGAGCAGUUCUCAGAGGACCCUGGUUCCAACAAUCCGCCUCUGGAUGCUCCAUGACCUUCUGGCAUUACAACGCAGGCAUAUCUGUGGGGGCCGCCGACAUGUACCUUCGGAUCAAAGGAAUCCACAACAACACAGUUAUAUGGAGAACCUUGUACGACCAGGGAACCCAUUGGAACCAGGUGACGGUGCAGCUGGGACGCAUCACCCAGCCCUUCCAGAUCACCCUGGCAAAGAUCAGCCUCGGCGUGUUCGAUGGGGUCUCCGCCUUGGAUGAUAUCACCUUCAAAAACUGUUCGAUGCCCCAGGCGGAGGCGAGGUGUCCCCCCCACACACAUUUCCACUGCGAGCGCACCAAGGCGUGUGUGGAGCACCUGCAGCUGUGUGACCUUGUGGAUGACUGUGGGGAUGGAUCAGAUGAGGAGGGAUGUUCUCCAGAGCUUCAGUGUAACUUUGAACAUGGCCUGUGCAGCUGGAAGCAGGAGCAGAGUGGAGGAGAUGUGUUUGACUGGACUCACACCCAAGGCCCCACUCCAUCCUUCCACACGGGGCCCUUGAAGGACCACACGCUGGGCACCAGCUAUGGCCACUACCUCUUCAUCGAGUCAUCCGCCCCCCAGGAGUUCAAGGACACGGCAGUGUUGCUGAGUCGAGUCUUCCAACCCACCCUCCAGCGCGACAAGGACCCCAUCAAGUCCCGCCAACACUGCGUUUUCCGUUUCCAUUACCACAUGUUUGGAUCGCAUGUGUUCUGCCUGGCAGUGUACAUGAGGACCACCUCCACAGGCCGAGGUCACAUGCUGUGGGUACGAUAUGGAAACCAAGGAGACCUGUGGCACAGGAAGACUCUCUACCUCAACAGUGCUCGUCCGUUCCAGAUUUUGAUUGAAGGUACAGUUGGAGAUGAUUUCACCGGAGACAUAGCUAUUGAUGACCUUUCCUUCCUGGACUGUGUCCCGUAUGAAGGAGAGCUCCCCAUGCAGAAUACCACGACCCCUGCAGUGACCACCCCGGCCCCCACAGUCCAGCCCCACAGCUGCCCUGCUGGAGAGUUUGUGUGCGGGACGCAUGGGGAGUGUGUUCCCCAGAGCAAAGAGUGCGACUUCAGGCCUGAUUGCUCCGACGGCUCUGAUGAAUUAAACUGUGUGAAGGAACUGUGCGAUUUUGAAGGAGGAGACACUUGUGGUUGGACGAUCGUCGACCCCUCCCUUGUUCCAAUCCAUGCAUUUCGCUGGUCACCUGAUCAAGGGGAGAGCAUUCAUGAUGGAGAGCAGUACCAUCGUCCCAUCAAUGACCACACCCUAGGCAGCCCUGAUGGUUGGUAUAUGUACGCAGACAGUUCAAAUGGCUGCUAUGGCCAAACCACUGACCUUCUGACCCCCGUCAUCUCCUCCACCGGGCCUCACUGCACCCUCGUCUUCUGGUACCACAUGAGCGGAUUCACUGUGGGGUCACUGCAGGUGCUGCUGAAAUACAGAAACGUCACUCAUGAGGUUUGGUCGCAGACAGGUAACCAAGGCAAUAGAUGGAGACGAGGAGAAGUUUUUUUGGGCUUAUCAAACAACUUUCAGGUGGUGUUCAGGCUGAAGCGAGGGAUCAGCUACAUGGGCGAUGUGGUGAUAGACGAUGUCGGCUUCCUGAACUGCUCCCCUCCGCUUCUUCCAGAUCAACCAUGUGCACCGGAGCAGUACGCCUGUGCCAACGGCCACUGCAUCCCUCAGGACAACCUGUGUGACUUCAUCAACCAUUGCAGGGACGACUCUGACGAGGACCCCUACAUCUGCAAGGGCUUCAGUGGGCGCUGCAGUUUUGAGUUUGACCUCUGCUCCUGGCGCCAGUGCAGACAAGAUGACUUUGAUUGGCUCAUCAAAGCAGGCAGCACUCCGACACUUGGCACCGGUCCAUCCAGCGACCACACCAUGAGGGACCCCUCGGGACACUACCUCUACCUCGAGAGCUCCUUCCCCCACCUAGUUGGAGAUGUCGCCCGUAUAUCAGGACCUCUGCUCAGCCGCAGGAGCUCAGACUGCAAGAUGCGGUUCUACGUUCACAUGUCAGGGGACGGCAUCGGGACCCUCAGCCUGUUCAGGAAAAGCGAAGGAAAUCUUCAUCUCCUGCUCAACCUGACAGGAGAUCAGGGCAACUACUGGCAGAUGAGGGAGAUCCCACUGAGCCACACGAAAGACUUCCAGGUCGUGUUCGAGGGAAAAGUGGGCCGGAGCGCGAAAGGCGACAUCUGCCUGGAUGACAUCACUUUCUCUCCAGGGUGUCUGCUCACCUCCUCGGAUCAAUUAGAGAACAACACUCCUGCGCCCCCUGCAGGCUCCUGUCCCUCAGGCUUCUUGCUGUGCGACAAUGGCCGCUGUUUUUCUCCGGGGCAGAGCUGUGACUUCACAGACGACUGUGGUGACGGCACAGAUGAAAAGGAUUGUGGGACUUCCUGCUCCUUUGAGAAUGGUCGCUGUGGAUGGAAGAGCUCCCUGGCUGAUAAUUUUGAUUGGACGCUUGGCACGGGAUCGGUCCAGAGCAUACGGCCCCCAUAUGAUCACACGCUGAUGGAUGAAAAUGGUCAUUUUGUCUACCUGGAAGCUACACCAGUGGGACUCAAAGGUGAUAAAGCUCAUAUCAGAAGUUGUGUUUGGAAAGAGUCAAGUGCCAUCUGUAAGCUCUCCUUUUGGUACUACAUUUCCCACAAGGCCUUGGGAACCAUCCGGAUGCUGAUCAAGAAAGACAAUGAUUUGUUGGAAGUGUGGAAUAAAACGGGGCAUCAGGGGAACGAGUGGAACCGAGCUGAGGUCCCCCUGAGGAAGCUGAGGAACUUUGAGGUGAUAUUUGAAGGGGUUCGCUCGAGGGAUGUGAGCGGAGGAGCUGCCCUGGAUGACUUGGAGUUCAUAGACUGUGCCCCAAAUGCCGUGGCGCCGGUCAGCUGUCCUGAACUCACGGACUUUGUGUGCCACAGCGGCGACUGCAUUGAAUCUCACCUGGUGUGCGACAACAAGGCCGACUGUGCCGAUGAAUCAGACGAGAUAGACUGCGACCAUAUAGUUGGCUCCCCAGGUGCCUGUAAUUUCAACAUGGAUGAAACCCAGUGGGAGGAGAUGUGCCAGCUUUCUCAGGACCCUGAUGAUGACUUUGAUUGGAGAAUAGGUCACCAGACUGAGACACCAGGAGCUGGACCUCACUCUGACCACAGUCCAGAUGGUGGUGGGAACUUCCUGUAUGUGAACUCAGCCAUUCAGAGGGAGGGGGACAUUGCCAAGCUGACGACGAGGCGUCCGUUCCCAGGUAGCGUCGGACUGUGUCACCUGCGUUUCUGGUUCUUCAUGCACGGCUCAGACAGGAUGGGAACGCUGAAGGUCUUCACUGUAGGACCCAGCGGUACCAGUCUGCUGAUGUGGGCGACCACUGGAAACCAUGGCAACCAGUGGACUUACGCCAACGUCAUCCUGUCCAACUCAGCACCUUUCAGAGUGACCUUCCAGGCGGAGGUGGGUGGAGACAUGUGGACGGACAUCGCCCUGGAUGACGUCUCCUUCACUGCAGAGUGUGCGGUUGGAGGACCAGUAACUCCUCAGCCUCUGACCUGCGGGGUGGACCGGUUCCAGUGUGCGUACUCCUUUCAGUGCAUCCCAAAGAGCUGGAGGUGUGACGGAGAGCCUGACUGUGCUGAUCAGUCUGAUGAAGAGCAUUGUCCGGCCUUGGUACCUGGAACUCUUCCUCCUCAAGUCCUCUGUCCCAUUGGGUUUUAUCAGUGUUCAGACUCUCAGUGCCUCCCCUCCAUACUGCGCUGUGAUGGUGUCCCCGACUGCCCUGAUGGAGAAGAUGAGUACAGCUGCCCUCUGCUGCAGUGCGAGCUGGGAGAACUGGUGUGUGAAGAAGGUUCACCUGCUUGUAUCCCACUUCAGAAGCGCUGCGACCACUGGACUGACUGUCUGCCGUUCCACUCCGAUGAGUCCAGCUGCCAUGAUUGUCCCCCGAUGUACUGCCUGGAUCGGGGCUCAUGCCUCGUGCAGAAACACGGUCCUGUUUGCACAUGUUAUCCAGGAUGGACAGGAAACCGUUGCCACGUGAGGGCGAAGCCGUCUCUCUCCACCCCGACACCUGAACCAGAGGACACGCAGAUGGAUUCUGUGUAUGUUGGCAUUGCCAUUGGACUGCUGCUUCUCGUAGCUGGAGUCGCCGUCUGCGUCCUGGCUGCAUGCCAGAGGAAAUGCUACUUGUUAAAAACUGACCAGAUGAACUACGGGGUGAUGCAGGACUCAGCCUUUAACCGGAGAGCAGAGCUCCCGUCUCCUCAUGAAAGCACAUGCAUUUGUCCCAGCGUUAACCCCAGGAAGAGUGAUGGUCGGGGGCUUUCCAUCAGCGUCUACCCCUGGAGGCGAGAGGUGGAGCAGGGUUCGACCUGGAGAGACGCCAAACUGUCCUUCACCAACCCGUUGUACAAUUACCCCCCUGAUGCUAAUGGCACCGAGCACAGAAGUUCUGAAGCAUGAAAACAGUGGACUUUACAUAUCGACGCUGCAGUAGAUCUGUGUCAAACUGAGUGGGCAAACACUUGAUGAGUUUGUCUUGACCUGCUGAGCUGCCAAGUCAGGAGAAACUCAAGAGAGGAGGGGAAUUCAGAUAUUCUGACAAGUACCGGAAAACCAAUUCUGAUCUACUACUGUAAUUUACAGCUAAAUUAUUUUUAAUUUUACGUGACGCUUCCCCUUGUUAUGGUCCAACAUCUUAAAUAAAAACUUCGGA